AUGGACAGUCCAGCUCCUUGGCUUCGAUUAAUCGUAUUCAAACAAAUUCUUCCUCUGGGUAAACACGGUGGUCUCGACGGCUUCGUCUCGACAUACUUCAACAUGACAGAACCCACAACAACCACAACCACCACUACAGCCGCAACUGCGACUUCGAUAAAUACUUCCAACCUUGCUACGCAAUUCUCCUUGACCACAGCCACCGGUCCGGCUGCUUCUUCCUCUGCAAAUCCCGAUUCGUCAACCAGUUUGACAACAACAAACAAAAUCGCGCUUGGCAUUGAGGUUGGCGUUUGUAUCCCACCAGUGUACGUCCUCGAAAUCCUUAUAUGUCUUAGAGCGAGACAAGUGACGAGCAAAGACAAGGUGAAUUCUCGAAUGAAUGGUAUCAAUACUGCACCGAUGGCAGCACCUCUAUCAGAUGCGGAAUGUUGA